GUCACAGGCCUGGCGCGCACCUCAACGGCGCCCGUGUCGGUCGACUCGUCGUAGCACUGAAACGCCCCACCAUCCAUUAUUGUCAACUUUCAAGCUUCGAACGAAGCUUCAAGCUCGAUAUUUGUCCGCUCACCACCAUCAGCAGGCCCAUCUAACUCGGUCACAUCCAGUCCAAUUAACGAAACACUCUUUGCUGAAGUUCGAUCAAUAUUUACUGGCGUGCUUUCGUCCUCAUCUGCAGACCCGAAUCUGUCAUCGAAGACACACGACACGCGACCUCCCAAACACAGCGCAAAACAACCAAACCUCCGAACUUAGGUUACCUCAAUAAAAUGGACAAAUACCUCGACACCCGCUUCGAGCGGGUAGAAAAGGCCCUCUCGACUUUCAUCGACUCAAUCGCCAAAUACAAUCCCUCCGAGAAGCUCGCCGAAGACCUCGUCGCCGCCGACCGCGAGCUCGCAGCGGGCCUCAAGGAGCUCGAGCGGCACCAAAACAACCACGCGCGCAUUCUCCAGCUGCGACAAGAGACGGCCUCGCUCGACCAGCAAACCAAGGACAUAAUCGGCGGACUCUGGAACAUGCGCAAGGAAGUCAAAACCACACCCGCGACCCAGUACCCUGCCACCGGACCCAAGUACAAGUUCACCACGCACGAGCUCCUCAACUACGCCAAGCGCAUAAGCCGCACCACGCUUCCGCCCGCACACCUGCUUUAUAACGGCGAACCGCUUAGCGAAUCUCAACAAGCACCAGGAGCAGGAGGAGGACAACCAAUGGAAGUCGACUCGGCAGCACAAACCCCCAUGCCCGGCGGCGGCGGCGGCGGCGGCGGAACCGCAACAGCAGCCGGCACACCCGCCGCCAGCGCGGCCCCAACACCCGCCGCUUACGGCCCUUCUGCCCUAACUACCACCACCACAGCUCCCUUCUCCCAACCCCCACCCCCUCCCUCAGCCAACCAAACCGCCCUACCCGAUGACUUCAAGCCGCACAUCAACCUGCUAACAGGCUACCAAUUCCACCCCUGGCCUACGGAGGACAAGGUGCGCAUGGGUGGCAUGGCGGCCUACCAGUCCUUGGUUUCGCGAGCCGUGGAUCCCAGGGGAUUGGCGUUGCAGGUGGCAUGA